GCCCCCGCCGGGGUCCGCAGCAUCGCCCGCCCCGCACCCGGCGGCACAGGGAUGUACAACUUUGCUCCCAGGUGCCCCAGCCUUCCCCCUGGACAAGUACAAGAUUCCCAGCAGCUGGUCCACCAGCACGGGAGGGAGAUGCAGCCUCAGCCCUGAGCUGGUGUUGCCAAAAAGACCCUUGAGCCACCUCCGUGGAGCCCAUCAGCAGCCAUGAGUGGCUUCUUCUCACGCCUGGACCCUCGGCGGGUGCCAUGGGGGGCAGCGGGCCGUGCCCUGCGCACCCGUGUCCUGCGCACCAAACCUGUGGAGUCAAUGCUGGAGGGCACAGGGACAGCCACCACCCAGGGCACCAGGCUUGCCAAGGUCCUCACCACCCUCGACCUCAUCUCCCUCGGUGUCGGGAGCUGUGUGGGCACCGGCAUGUACGUGGUGUCUGGCCUAGUGGCCAAGGAGAUGGCGGGGCCGGGAGUCAUCGUUUCCUUCAUCAUCGCUGCCGUUGCCUCCAUCCUCUCAGGCGUUUGUUACGCCGAGUUUGGCGUGAGGGUCCCCAAGACCACGGGCUCUGCCUACACCUACAGCUACGUGACAGUGGGAGAGUUUGUGGCCUUCUUCAUUGGCUGGAACCUCAUCCUGGAGUACCUGAUAGGCACAGCAGCAGGUGCCAGUGCCCUCAGCAGCAUGUUUGACUCCUUGGCCAACCACACCAUCAGCCGCUGGAUGAUCAGCAGCGUGGGCACCUUGAAUGGAUUAGGGAAAGGAGAGGAGUCAUACCCUGACCUCCUUGCUCUGGUCAUCGCUGUCAUUGUCACCAUCGUCGUGGCCAUGGGGGUGAAGAACUCUGUGGGGAUGAACAACGUGCUCAAUGUCAUUAACCUGGCAGUCUGGAUCUUCAUCAUGAUUGCUGGGCUCUUCUAUGUCAAAGGUGACAACUGGGCUGAAGGGCAAUUCCUGCCCUUUGGAUGGCCGGGGGUGCUCAAAGGGGCUGCGACCUGUUUCUAUGCCUUCAUUGGCUUUGACAUCAUUGCAACCACAGGAGAAGAAGCAAAGAAUCCCAACACCUCCAUCCCCUACGCCAUCACAGCCUCGCUCGUCAUGUGCCUGACAGCUUAUGUGUCUGUGAGCAUCAUCCUCACACUGAUGGUGCCCUACGAUGCCAUCGACACCGAGUCCCCACUGAUGGAAAUGUUUGUGGCCCACGGCUUCUACGCAGCCAAGUUCAUCGUUGCCAUUGGGUCUGUGGCUGGGCUGACUGUCAGCUUGCUGGGCUCCCUCUUCCCCAUGCCAAGAGUCAUUUAUGCCAUGGCUGGUGACGGGCUGCUCUUCAGAUUUUUGUCCCAUGUCAGUUCUUACACGGAAACUCCCGUGGUGGCUUGUAUUGUCUCGGGGUUCCUCGCAGCACUGCUCUCCUUGCUGGUCAGCCUGAGGGACCUGAUAGAAAUGAUGUCCAUUGGCACCCUGCUCGCCUACACCUUGGUCUCAGUCUGUGUCCUGCUCCUCCGAUACCAACCCGAGAGUGACAUCGAUGGCUUUGUCAAAUUCCUCUCCGAGGAGCACACCAAGAAGAAGGAGGGCAUCCUGGCUGACUGUGAGAAGGAAGCUUGCUCCCCAGGGAGUGAAGGAGAAGAGUUUGCUGGCCCCCCAACAAACACCUGCGGGGCAAAAAAUCUGCCAUCUCUGGGGGAUAAUGAGAUGCUAAUUGGGAAAUCUGAUAAAUCCACCUACAACGUGAAUCAUCCCAAUUAUGGCACGGUGGACAUGACCUCGGGGAUAGAGGCGGAUGAGUCAGAGAACAUCUACCUCAUCAAGCUGAAGAAGUUGAUUGGCCCUCGUUACUACACCAUGAGGAUUCACCUGGGACUGCCAGGGAAAAUGGACCGUCCCACGGCAGCCACCGGCCACACGGUCACCACCUGUGUCCUCCUGCUCUUCGUCCUGAUGUUCAUCUUCUGCUCCUUCAUCAUUUUCGGGGCAGACUACAUCUCGGAGCAGAGCUGGUGGGCUGUGCUUCUCGUCGUGCUGAUGAUCCUGCUGAUUGUUGUGCUGGUGUUUGUCAUCUUGCAGCAGCCAGAAAACCCCAAGAAGCUGCCCUACAUGGCACCUUGUCUGCCCUUCGUCCCUGCCUUUGCUAUGCUGGUGAAUAUUUAUCUCAUGCUGAAGCUCUCCACAGUUACAUGGAUCCGAUUCGCCGUCUGGUGUUUUGUGGGUCUGCUCAUCUACUUUGGCUACGGGAUGUGGAACAGCACCCUGGAAAUCAGUGCCCGGGAGGAAGCCCUCCACCAGAGCACCUACCAGCGCUAUGAUGUGGACGUUGACCCCUUCUCCGUGGAUGAUGGCUUCUCCUAUGCCAAUGAGGGUGAGGACUACCCAGGCUGGGGUCCCUCUGAGGACAAGAGCUUCUCAUACCAGCAAAUGGCAGGGGAGAAGGAAAGCCAUCGGACAAGUAGCAGGUCGAAAAGCAAAGGCAGGCACAAACCACCCUCGGAAGCUCUCAUUGCCAAUGAUGAGUUGGACUACUCACCCGAGUAGUGGGAUGGGCAGUGGGGUGCCACACUGCCCAGACAAUUAGGAAGGGUCCCUGUGGCUCCCUCACCCCAUCUCAUCCUCCCCAGCUCCUCCACCACCACCCUGCUCACCUCUGGUCCUCGGGACACACUCUGCAGUUGCCGUUGACCCCGAACCAAACACACCCGUGGCCCAUUGUGGCUCCCUCCAUCAGUUGGGUCCCACUCUGGUGAACACCAGCUGAUCCCCUGGCACUGGUUGCUCUCCCGGCACUGGCUGCACCCGUGGAGGUGGUGGAAUGGGAGAUGUGCCAAACUGGGAGGCAUUUGUUGAGAGGUGGAAGGAGCUACCCAAGGGGAUGAAACAUCCCUGGGGAAUGUCCUCUUGAUGGCCACAGUGGGGGGAUGUCACCCUUACAUUUUUGGCACUUGCUUGGCAUGUGUGCUUUUUUUUUUUUUUUGAACCACCUUAGAAGUCCCAGCUGAUCCAGAGGGACUGGUGGGUGAGUAGGUAGAAAAUGGAGAUGGACAAACCUCUCUCAAGGGGGUAGCUAAAGGAUGGAUCCAGGGAUAUCGGUCCAAUCACACAAGUCCCCUCACACAGCAGUGUGACCUCUCUGUCCGUCCCCACAGCCUGAAUCCAAGCAUCCCAAAUACUGGGAUUCAGAAGUAGUCUAUGUCUCAACCAAAUCUUGAAAUCCCAGCAUGGUCGAACAUCCCAAACAUGUUUUGGGAAGCCUGGUCCCAUUUCUGGGACCUUGCUGUGACCACACUUGACUUAACCCACCUUGUGCAAUUGGUCAGUGAGGACCCCAGGCUGUUCCUCUGAGCAUCACAGGCUGAGUACUAACUCCACCACGUUGUCUUGAACAAAAAUAACUGUUCUGUAUUUCCCUCACUGUGGUGGCACAUUCCAGCCCUUGCUCUGGCAUCGUGGAUUCAGGGCUGUGUCUGUGUCCCCAGGAAAUAGCAACAUCCAUGGGUCAGCCACACCUUGGCAAGGCUGGGCCACAUUUGGCAACUGGAGAGGACACAGCUACUGGAAUCUCCCUGGUUUGAGUUGGAAGGGACCUUAAGGAUCAUCUUGUCCCAAUCCUCUGCCAUGAGCAGCGACACCUCCCACUAGACCAGGUUGCUCCUAAACCCAUCAACCUGGGCUUCAACACUCCCAGGAUGGGGGAGCCACAUCUCCACAGCUUUCCUGGGCAGCCUGGGCCAGUGUCUCACCACCCUCACACUAAAGAAUUGUGCUUCUCAUUCUGUACCUUUCUGUAUUUCAAUUUGAAACCAAAUGGAGCUGGUGGCUGGCAGGGCAGAGGGCUCUGCAGAUGGGUGCUGCUCAUAAAUAAACCCUCUGGUUUGGCAGAGCAUGGUCCUGGUCCCCAGCAGAGCUGUCACAUUCCCCAUCACCAGUGUCCUCACCACAAGAAAGAGAACAUCAUUUUGAAUAAAUAACAAAUAAUCACCCAGGAAGGGCCUCAUCAGACAGCAACACCCAUCCUGCUCCCAGCUGCCAAGGGCUGCUGCCAGAUCCAUCUCUGUGGGACCCCAGACCAAGCUCCAGGGCCAGAGGCUGCUGCUGGCACCCCAGGGGGAAAUUUAACAUCAGUGGGGGACAUGAAGAAUGAUUUCCAGUGUAUGAUGCUGUGAACACAGUCCAGCCCCCUGGCACCCUUUGCUGGCAAGUGGGCUGCUGGUGCAGAGGGUGCCUGGACCCAUCCUGAUCACUCCCAAGGUUCAAGGGUGAGGUUCUGAAUGUUUCCCACCUGCAGUGUCUGCCCCAGACAGUCACAAAACACAGUCCUUUGACCAAGUGGAGAAGAACAUCCAGUUCUGCAGACUUUAACCCAGAGAGCCCCAGGCAAGCCAAGGGAAGUUUUGGCCUCUUAUGAAGGGCUUCAGGAUGGGAGUGAGAAUUUGGCCAAAGGACCUAUAAGCUUUGCUCUGGCAUCCCCAACUGCUGCCCACCCUGACCACCCUCCUACCAGCAGAAAUCCCAAGUUUGUCCCACCAAGAAGCUGCCAUGUGCAUGGCUCAUGGGACAGCUCAGGAAACCUUCCUGGCAGGGCUGAGACCCUCUGGAGAAGGUGACCCAGGCUUGGCUGCUCUUGUCCUCGACGCCUUAGAAGUACCCAAGUGAGAUGGCACCUCGCAGGCCUGGCUUCGCCUUUUUAGGGAGAAAGACUGAGGCUCUUUUCCUACCAGCUCUUGCACUGUACCACAUCUGGGGUCAUCAUCUUCAUCCUGCUUCCACACUGUGUUUAGGCCUCUGCUGAACCACAAACUCGUGCCGAAGUACCCUGUCACUCCUUUUGCAGCCUUAAUCUCUGGCUCUGGAGCAGUUCCCAGUGCCCAUGUCUGUGCUCACAUAUGCUCUGGUUAUGCCAUCAUCUCAUUCAAGGAGGGCUUGACCCCUUUGGGAACCUCUCUGUUGGACAUCCAUCAAGUGAAGCCCUUCUACUGCUCUUGUUCCUGUUCUUCACCCCACCCUCCUUCCCUUCCCCAUGGGCAGCACAGCUGUGCCACAUCCCCAGGACUGUCAGCAUUUGAUUCCACAGCACCACCUGGUGUGGACAGGCUGCCCACAGCCCUCACAGUGGUCACAGGUGGGAUCUGUGCCCUCCUACCCAGCCCACCACAUCCCACCUAAUGAAGGAGCCUCAGGAGAAGGCAGAUGAGACACAGGCUGGGUCUUGCCUGGGUCCCCCCCACCCUGCUCCAAGCAGCAAUGCCUAUGGGACACAUGGAUCUUGCCUCCAUAUGGAGCCUUGUGCUCUUUCCCUUGCUGUGGGCAAUGGGGUCUUGGAUGUGCACAAGCAAAAGGAGCAAAGACCAAAGUGUUCAGGCAAAUCCAUCAUCUCCCAGCAUGGCCCUGGAGUUGAUUCCAGAGGCUGGGAGGAGGUGUGGGUUGUUCUCCUGUAACCCCAAAAUGCAGCUUUCCCACUUCAUACCCCUCUCUCACCAGGAGGACACAGGCAGAGCUGGGUCACCCCCCAACCACCACCAGUGAGAGACACACAGCCCUCCCUGCCUGCCUGGGCCCUCUCCUGGGGGCCCAAAACAUGACAUGGAUGGAGCAUCAAUACCUCAGAUCUUCCAGACCCACUCGAGGAGAUCUCAGCCCCUCCACAUAUUCACUCCACACAGUUACAACCACUCGGUACAAGGCCCAGCUCGCCAGCAUCCUCCACACCCCCAGAACAAGGUGGGAUGUUGUAAAUCCAGCUUGUAAAUGACCUUCACUUCGUUUUGUUCAGUCUUUUUGAUGUGUACCUUGCUUUUUGUUUGUUUGUUUUAUUUUGGGGUUUGGUUUUUUGGGUUUUUGUUUGGUUUUUUUUUCAAAUGGUCCUUUCUGGUGUAACUAUUCUCUGCAGUUCUGGUAUGAAGUUGGUGUAUUUGUUUAAAAAAAGAAAAAAAAAUUGUUCUAUUAAUUUAUUCAAUUUUUUUGUGGUUUCCAAAAAGCCCAUUGGUGCAUUGUGCAAUGGGGUCUUGUAGUGUGUCAUGAGGAAGAAAAAAAAUACCCAAAUAUGUUAUGGAGUGAUUUUCAUUUUCAUAUGAUUGUGUUGUUGACAACUAUACAUAUAAUAUAAAUAUAUAUAUAUAUAAAAUCAAGAUACUAAGGAAAAAAAAAAUCUAACUUUACCAAAAUCUGUAUAUUUUAAUAAAUGCAUAAAGCUUUAUGGUGUGCCUUUACAUUUAAAACUCAAGACUGGAACUAAUGGAUUUUUAAAGAAAGCCAGAGAUAAAUGUGUCUUAGUAUCAGUUUCCAUAGUAAUGUAAAUCUUUUAAAUGAAAGAUUAAAACAAAAAAAAUUAAAAUAAAAAAUUUCC